UUAUUUUAGCUCGUCUGUCAGCAAACAUUCUUUUUCCAUAUUUAUAUGCAUCAAAGUCUUAAAUUUCAUAUAAUUAUGAUUAUGAUUAUGGGUUGCAUUGCAAUAAUGAUGAAUGACGGCAGACACAGAUACGUACAAAGAUUGUAUAGAAUUGGUAGCAAAUACGAACAGCUUUAAUGCAGUUUCCUUCACUGUCUUCCGCGUUAUCCUUUUUCAUAUUUAAAUCUUUCCUACUCAAAUCCACCAAUAAUCUCUCUCUCUCUCUCUACAGUUUCCCCUCCAAACCCAUCCCCUUUCACUCUUCCCUCAAUCAUUGCCUCUCUUUCUGCCGUUCAUUGUUUACGCCUCUACUUCUCCUCCAGAUCUCCCCCGUGCGCCUCAGCAGCGCGGCGGCACUACACUCACUCGUACAAGCGAGCUAAUACUAACCACUGCGGAACUCCGCCUGCCUUGGCGGAGUGGUUUUUAGCAGGUACGGCUGUGCGUGAACAUAUUGUGAGGUUAGGGUUUUGGCAGGGGCGAUAAUGGCGUGCGCGAGCGGUGGAAAAUUGGAGGUCGCUGCGGCGUCGCAGCAGUUCCCAGUGGGGCUGAGGGUUUUAGUGGUGGAUGAUGACGUCAUCUGCCUGCGUGUUGUGGAGCAAAUGCUUCGGAAGUGCAUGUAUAAUGUUACCAGUUGUUCGCAAGCUACAGUUGCUUUGAACUUAUUGCGGGAAAGGAAAGGCUCUUUUGAUAUAGUACUGAGUGAUGUUCACAUGCCUGAUAUGGAUGGCUUCAAACUUCUUGAGCUAGUUGGACUGGAAAUGGGCCUUCCUGUUAUAAUGAUGUCAGCCGAUGGAAGAACUAAUCUGGUCAUGCGUGGAGUAAGACACGGAGCUUGUGAUUACUUAAUUAAGCCUAUCAGGGAUGAAGAAUUAAAGAAUAUUUGGCAGCAUGUUGUUAGGAAAAAACAGAAUGAAAUGAAAGAACAUGAUCAUUCGUGUAGCAUGGAAGACCAUGAUCGUCUAAAACGAGCGAUCGAUGAUACUGAAUAUGCUUCUUCUUUGAAUGAAGGGGCAGGGGCUGAUGAGGUUCUCAAAACACUAAAGAAAAGGAGAGACUCUAAAGAUGAAGACGAUGAAAUGGAAAAUGAUGACCCUACCAUGUCAAAGAAGGCUCGUGUAGUCUGGUCAGUAGAGCUCCAUCAGCAAUUCGUUACUGCUGUAAAUCAGCUUGGGAUUGAUAAGGCUGUACCCAAGAGAAUUCUUGAAUUGAUGAAUGUUCCAGGGUUGACAAGGGAGAAUGUGGCUAGUCAUUUACAGAAAUUCAGACUGUACUUAAAGAGAUUGAGUGGCGUAGCUCAUCAACAGGUUGGCCUUGCGUCUUCUUAUUGUGGGCCAGUGGAGCAGAAUCUUAAACUAGCUUCGCUUGGAAGGAUUGACUUUCAAGCAUUGGCAGCUUCUGGCCAACUUCCUCCGCAAACAUUAGCAGCUCUACAUGCUGAGCUUUCUCGACCCACUGGAAACUUAAUCUUGCCAGGGAUGGAUCAGAGAACUCUGCUACAUGCAUCUCUUCAAGGGCCUAAAUGUGUUUCUGUGGAGCGGGUUGCUUAUGCUCAACCUUUGAUAAAAUGUUUACCCAACAUUUCCAAACAAAGUUCUCAACCUCUUAGGUCCAAUGGCGAUGUACACCCAGAAUUUGCAGCCUGGUCGUCGAAGAACCUUGGUGACAUGGUACCAGCCUGCAAUCUUGGUACUGUAGCAGAAACAAACAGUUUGUUAAGCUUAUACAGCAAGCAGCAGAAGCAAGCGAUGAUGCCAGAACCAAGUCGUUCAAUCAAUGUGCAACCUUCUUGCUUAGUAGUUCCAUCUCAGUCUUCACCAAAUCAUCAAGCAGGAAAUAGUCCUGCUUCUGUCAAUCAAAAUUGCAGCUUUAGAAAUCCCGCGGUGGAUUACAUUAAUCCCUUGCCUCAAUCAAAUAAUUCGUCAGGUAUUGGGCAAGUCUUGGAAGUGGAAUGUAAAGCAGUGAGUGCACCUUCUGAGUUUGGAGCAGCAGCUUCUGUUUCAUCUACAUCAUCUUGCUCAAGAAAUAUACAAGAAAGUUCUUGUCAAAGAGUUCGGAACUCACCCUCUACGAUCAAUGCUGACGUGCAGCCCCCUAACAUGGCCUUUGUGCAAGGUUCUUAUAAUGGUAAACUGAAUUUGGUGCAAGGAUCAACAGGGAAUCCUGUAUACAUAGGUAAAGGGACGUCCAUACCUAGCCGCUUUGCUGUCAAUGAACAAGAAUUGCGAAUGUGCAACCUAAGUCAAGUGAGAUCUUAUGUUGAGAAGGGUAGUAACAAAGUGAAGCAGGAGCCAAAUAUGGAUCUGAUGGAAAAUGUAAAAUUAGGGAUUCCAGUAAAGCAGCACUUUUCCCAAAAUGAUCUGAUGAGUGUUUUCUCUGACUAGGUAACAGGGCCGCCAAGACAUGUCAGACUGAAGAUAUCAGGUUUCUUGAUGAAAGUGAGCAGUGCUGUAUUGGUGGAUUCUAUUUCAACAUUUGAACCAAUCUCGGUUACCAAUUGUUGGGAGUGGGGAGAAUGCUGACUGAAACCGGUGGGAUUUGUAAAGUGAAAGAUGGCACAUGUUGGAUGCACAAGUAAGUUUAAUAGCCUUCCCACCUAGAAUUUAGGCAAUAAAUCAAAAAUCUCUUUAGCUUGUAAUAUUUAUAUAUUAAUCUUGUAGCAUCCGGCUGUGAAAUGUGUAGUUGCUGGGUAUUUGUCUUAGAAUUUGUGAUUUAUUCAUUACUUAUUUGGGAGCACAUGUAUAGUUUAGCUCUAGGCUUUUCAAGCUUCCGUAUAUCAUGUGUUGAAGGAGCCUAUCAAUUUUCUUAAGGUUGGAUCUUAUAGUUAGUGUA